ACACCUCCGUAUGCGUACGGUGCACGGCCGAAGGCUAUGAAGGAGAAAGUGGCGGUUCUCGUCGGCAACCUUGAAAAGUUCAAAUGGUGUCUAUUCGAAGGGCUACAACACCCGGACAUAGUCCAGACCACGCAUUGUCUUCGUAGGGAGCUAGCAUCGAUGAACAAGCCAAUGUUCGAGCGCCUGCAGAACGCCAUUGGCUCUAUCAUCCUGACUACGAAGAAUACGCUGGAGCGUCAGCUUCGCCUGGACUCUCCGGAUAAUCAGGAUCAGAUGACCGCGUCCAUGCACCUAUUGUUCGACGGAACACGCGGCAUAGGGAGCGGCGGCAUUUGCUUGUUGCCUCUUCGCUUGAAGUAUAGUCUGAAAAGGAUCGCCGACAAUCCUCAUAUGAGCGCUCGUCAGUGGUUUCCCGAGGACACCAACCUUUUCUACCUCCAUCUUUUCCAAGGCGAAGGGCCUAUCGCUAUCAGUCACCGUGGUCCACCUUUCAGAGCAUACGAAGACCUCCCAACUGGCCUGGAAUUUCUAGAGGAAGAUCUGGACACACUCGCAUUGCAGGGCCGCCUUCCCGAUUAUAUCGUACCUUGCGAUGACCCGAACGGGAUAAUCGCCUAUUACAUCCUCAACCCCACCGAUUCCUCCAUAAGACUGUUCAUUGUGCGAUCGCACAUGAACGUCGCUAAUGUGCUCGCCGAUGCAGCCACGAAGCUACUUUACCGGAUGGAGGUGCUGCAGCUGACCUUCAAGGGAGCGGACAACUAUGUCUUCAAAUCCCUCUGGCCGACCAUCGGGCACUGGGUGAAGGAAGGUGUCGAUCCUCCGAAACCCAGUAGGAAACCCCCCAAACCGACGCCAGACCCCGACCGCGAUGCUGUUCGCCGGUCCGAGCGGCUCAUGGACGCUCGGACGGAACCCGCACCUCAAACGAAGCCAAAGGCCUCCGUUCCGAAGCGCAAAGUGGAUAGUGCGCCUACGAUACUCGGUAUGGCUGGAGCGACACGCAAGCGGUCCUAUGGCAAGAUUUCCGGCGCUUCCGAAGCGAAGCCCUCUCAGCGACGCGCAUCUGCUACGAGAUCCAAGGCGACCACAUCUACCACGACACCGAAGUCUUCCACCCGUCGCGCAGCUACGAAAUCAUCCUCCCGUCGCUCGAGUACGACUGCGACUAGGUCCUCCGCUCGUCUUGCGUCGGCUUCGAAGACCGAGGAGCCAGAGUCGGACAGUUCGGAGCCGCCCAAGAAGAAACGCAACUUUCUGGGCAAUGGUAAACGCCUCUGACUUACCGCUAUCGAUGUCUUCGCC